AUGGCAACCAUAUCCAGACUCAACCCUGCAGAGAGGAAAUGUUACAGACUGACUUCAGUGUGUUUGCUGCUGCUGUGUUUUCUCCUGCUGACUACCAUCACCGUGCUGUGGAUCAAAUUCAGCAUCCUUAGUAGAGAAAAAGCAAAGCUGGAGACCAGUUACGAUACCCUGACUAUAGAGAGAGACCAGUUACAGGCCAGUUACAACAACCUGAUUACAGAGAGAAACCAUUUACAGGCCAGUUGCAACACCCUGACUAAUGAGAGAAUCCAGCUACUUGAGAAAAACGAUGAAUUUCAGAAGAAAUCGAAUAAUUUUGUUUCACUUUUAACUGAUGGGUGGCGAUAUUUUAACUCCCAUAUUUACUACAUCUCUACUGCGGAGAAAAACUGGGAUGAGAGCAGACAGGACUGCAGAGGGAGAGGAGCAGACCUGGUGAUCAUUAACAGCAAAGAGGAACAUGAGUUUAUCAGAAAACAGUUGCGCAACAGUGACUCUUGGAUUGGUCUGAGUGACCGAGACAAAGAGGGGGAGUGGAAAUGGGUGGAUGGUACACCACUGACUGACCCGUAUUGGGUAAAGGGGGAACCGAAUGAUGUAGGUAAUGAGGACUGUGUAAAGAUGUUUGGUAUUCUAAUAAAUAAUGGAUGGAAUGACAUUCCAUGCUCAAUUUCGAAUAUAUGGAUCUGUGAGAAAAGUUAUUAGAAGUGAAACAGUACAGAAAAAUGAUUCACAAAUCAAGCUGAAUUUAUGGAGUAUUUCAGUUCAAGUUUUAUUCUAUGCAGUGUUUAAAAGUUAUUUUAUUAUAUGUAAUUCUUAAAACUCACAAAGUACAAAAAUGAUCUUUACCUAUGAUGUAAAAUUGAUUUUUAUUCACUUAUACCUGCAUUCAAUUAUUGAGUACUGUAAUAUAUGGAGCUACUUGUUGCAGUAUCAUUAUAUCAAUAAAUAUCAUUUAAAAGCAAAAAUCAUUCUAGAACGCAAAGCUCUACAGUCCAGGUAUGAGAAGUAUUUUCAGACAUGUAUGUAUUUUUCUUUAAUCUAAUUUCUGUUAAGUCAUAUUUAUAUUCCAGGGAAACAUUUAUGGAGUUCCUAAUCUUUCAAAUGCUUAAUUUAAAUAAAGAAAAAUAGAUGACCAAUAAUUUUGGAACAUAGUAAUUAUCUUAUAGCAAUUUUUUUUAGAAUAAUAAUAAUAAUAAUAAUAAAUUCAUUUUACUUUUGCUGGUGGAAGUUCCCUAUUUCUCGUUAUCCCUAAUGAUGUCUAUGAUGCCAUGAGGUUUGGACACAUAUAAUAACCUGAAUAGGGAAAACCCCAUGGAGGCUUGCUGUUAGUGACGUGUUGCAGAGUGGACCCAAAUACAGGGUGAGAAGGCAGGUGAAGGGUUAAAAGGUUUAAUGGAGCUCAAAAACACAACACAGUCCCAAAAUACUUCAAACAUAGAGUAACAUAGAGUAGCUAAGCUCCUAAGUACAAAAGGGAAUAAAGUCUCAGUCAGAACAGACAUUUCUGUAUAA